UUUUUUAAGGAAAAUAUGAAAAUAAUUUUAAAUAAAAUAAAUAAUUUAUUUAUUAUUUUCCUCAUUUUAUUAUUUUUUAAUAAAAUAUUAGUAGCUUUUAAUUAUUUUAAUAAUGAGGAAUUUAAUUGUGCUUCCCUUCCACCAGCACUUUGGUGCUCAAAUGAUAAAAUUCAAGAAAAAUGUCAAACAAAACAAAAAUGUUUGGAAUAUAUAAAUUCUGUUAAAAAUAAACCUGUACAUAUUACUUUACUUUUUGAGAGUCUUUGCCCAGACUGUCAAAACUUUAUCUCCAAAAAGUUACUUGAUUUUUGGUUAACCUAUAAAGAUUUUGCAAGAAUUGAGUUUGUCCCGUUUGGAAAUGCUAAAAUACUUAAAAACGGCACAAUUAAAUGCCAACACGGACCAGAAGAAUGUAGAAUAAAUAAAUAUGAAUCUUGUGCUAUUCAUUAUAUGCACGAACCUUUACCAUUCAUUCAUUGUUUGGAAACAAAAAUUGCAGAUGGAUUUAAACUUGAAAAGGCAUCCAAACAAUGUUAUGCUAAAUUACAUUCACUUCCACAUAUCUACGACCAAAUAACGCAUUGUUUCAAUGGAGUAAAAGGAGAUAAAUUGCAAAAACUAGCUGCCGAACAGACAUUUAAUAUUUGGCCAGAUAAACAUGAAUUUGUGCCUUGGAUUUUAAUAAACAAUGUUAGUUUAAGCUCCCAACAAUUUUUUAUGCGUCAAUUACCUACUUUAAUUUGUCAAGCGUAUGUUGGGGAUGGGCAUAUUAAGCAAUGUGAAGCAUUUGGAAGUGUUAACAAUAAUAAAUUAAUUGAAGAAAAUAAUGAAGAUGGAUCUGAAAUGGAUAAUAAUGAAGAAGAAUAUUUUUUAUAA